CACACAAUUCAGUAUAAAAGGGAAGCAUAGGGCUUUCUUCUCACUGCAGCUAUUACUACCAGGAAGGCAAGUAGAAUACAGGAUGAAGACAGUUAAUUGUUACGUGCUGUUACUUUGCUGGAAAGCAAUUUGUUGCAAUAGCUGCCAGCUCACCAAUAUUACCAUAGCAGUGGAAAGAGAAGAAUGUGAAUUCUGCAUUACAGUGAACGCCACGUGGUGCUCCGGAUACUGCUUCACAAGGGAUCCAGUGUACAAAUAUCCACCAGUAUCAUCCGUUCAGCAAACGUGCACCUUCAAGGAGGUUGUGUACGAAACAGUGAAGAUCCCUGGCUGUGGUGACCAUCCUGAAUCUUUCUAUUCAUACCCAGUAGCUACAGAAUGUCACUGUGAGACCUGUGACACUGACACCACCGACUGCACCGUGAGGGGACUGGGGCCAUCCUACUGCUCCUUCAGUCAGAGUGGAAGUAACCAGUGAAGGGUGCUUGAGGUGGCAGUUUGGCCUUAAAUGUUCCCUUCUAAAUAAAGGUACUGAUCAGGCUUAAGUGGAAGAUAAAAAGUGAGGCUAUUUAGAAUGCCAAGAUUUAAACAAAGAUUUUUAAGGCCAAAAUGGAGAGCUACUACCUAAACUCUUCCUGAGGCCUUCCCUACUUAUCCCAUCAGUUGCAUUUUCAUACAUCUAUAGAAUGCUCCUUCUGAUUUCUUCUGCCCUUGCCUCCUCUUCAUCACAACUUCUUUAUUUAUAUUCCUGUAUUGUCACUGCUUGGUUCACUUAGAUUAUUCUGUGCUAUUCUAUGCUUUCAAAAAGUUCCCAAGUUUCAAGUCUUUAUUACUCCCUGCUUUCCAUCUCUCCUCAGAAUGUACUUUAAAAAGCUUUGCUGCUCUGGUUUUAUUACAACCAAUGUCUGUGCCUUUACUUUCUAUUAGUUGGUUUGUAAACUUCUCUCAGCUGAGAUCCUGACUGGUUUAUUUUGCAAAAUAGUUCAUAUAGUUAUUAUGCUAUAUAAAUAAUAACAGCAUGUUUAUUUAAGAGCCAAAAUCUAUGUUCAAAUGUUGAAUAUCACUUGAAUUCUUGUACUUUCUCAGUAAGGCUUGUUAGCUCAGCCUCAGUGCCACAAUAGUACAAGUAAGAGGCACUGUAGUUCAUACCUGGCUAACUUGAAAAAAUAAUCAUCAGCUCUCUAUUUUCACCUGAGUACAGAAGGUAAUAAUGAGAAUUCUUUAGCAUUAUUUAACACAGCAGUCUCACAAAUUAUUUCGGGGUGAAUCUAGAGGCACCUGACCCCAGUAGUGCAAACAUGGUGUGAUGACGUGCCUUGAAAGCAGUUCCUUCUGGCAGUAGUCCCUUCUGAGAAUGGAAUUCAGAGAGCUCUGCAGCAAUUUUGCCAAGGCCAAUAUGAAGUUGGGGUGGUCUGGAAGCAAGCUGGAAGAUUGACUGAAUCGGAGCAGAAAAUUACCUCACAUUAUUGAGAAUCUUGUCUGAAGCCUACGGAAUGAAAUCCCAUCAGGAAAAUGAAAAUACACUCUUCUUCAUCAGAAAGAAUCGACUACACAGACACAGAAUGGGAAGUGACUGGUUCAGCAGCAGUUUGGCACCGAAGGCUUGGAGGUUGUACAAGAGAAGCAAGAGUCAACAGCAUCACAGUGCUGCAGAAAAGUGGGAAUGUAAGGAGUAGAGCCUUCAGGACACAACCUACCUCCACCACUCAGUUCAACGGGACACGCUGAACUCACCUCGGCUGAGUGGUUAUUUCCAGCUUUGAACAGAGAACUUCAGCGCAUUGAAAGACUGGAGAAAACCCACAGAGGAGUAAUAAGAAGGGAGAGAAGCCUAAAAAACACCUUAGGAGGGAAAGAUUUAAAUAAAUGAGGUUGGUUUGGUUAUGGGAGGUAACACUCGGGGGAGGGGGAAUAUUAGUGGAACUUUUUACAUGCUUGAAGACUGUUACACAGAACAGGAACAGUCAGUUCUCCAUGUUCAAAGAGAACAGAACAACCAGGGAAAGAUUCAGAGUAGUCACUGGCAAAUCUGAAAGGUACAGACAACUAGACAUUGAAAUAAACUGUCAGGGGGUUGGAGAAGGAGGGGAGGAAGGAAGGAAGGGUGUGGGGUCUGUGGAGUAGUGACCACUACAGGCCAUCAAGAACACAUUGAACCUGUUAGGAAUUGAGGCAAGGGAAUGAGGCAGGAAUCUGGCAUGUCUGCUUUUAAGACCCUUGCAGACAUGCUUAUUUAAAGGGAAUCUGUGUGUUACUCUGAAUCUCUCUUACAACAGAUAUUUUAACUUAUUUCAUUUUUAGCUUUUUUACUAAAAGAUAUUAAUUCUUUUGAUUGUAUUUAUAAGAUUUGUAUGCAUUUUCUUUAGUCUAGUGAAGCUUUUAAAGUGGUAAAGUAAUAAGUAAAUCAAAUUGGGUCUCAGUUUAAACAUGAGUUGACUUGUGUUAAAACUAAGCAUAUUAUUCAUAUCAGCAAUUAUUCCACUCUAAAUGAGAGCAUUUUGAAUUAAAAUUGCAAAACAGAAUAGCUUGUACUAAAAAAGUAUGGAAAAAUGUUUUCAGCAUAGAUCUGUAUUGUCUGUUGUGUAUUUUGGAAUAAUAAAAAUAAUUGUAUUGCACUUC